AUGUAAAUAAAUCAGCCAAAGAGCAUCAAUAUGCUGUAUUCAACUUAAUAGAAUUUUGGAGAAAUCAAGAAUAAACCCCCACCUCCAAGUAAUUUGAACAUUUUAUCAUUUUAGAGCAGACAAGUACCAUCAGAGAAGACAGUGCAUAGCAAACUCAUGAAUAAACGCCCAAUCAGAAAGGACGACAAUCAAGUCUGCAAAAGCCGAGGCUACCUAAUCCAAGUUCUACUCAGAAGAACUUUUAUAAUGCCAAACUACUAGGCACUAAAGAUGAGCAAAGAAGCAUUUCUAGCAAGAAAAUAAGAAACUCAAACAAUUCUAGAUAAGAACUAGAAUGAUCAUUGCUAUUAAAAUAGGGGCAACCAGCAACAAUAUUAAGAGUAUAGAAGUACAUCGCCAAAUAACAACAGAACCAGAAGUAUUCUUACUGUGAUAAAUAAAGCCAGUGGACUUGCAAUCCGGAAUAAACGAGGAUACGACUUUAGUAAUAAUAAAAGCAAUAAUCAUUAGAAUUAAAAGCAAGAGUAUAAGCAAAUCAGAAUCUCUAAUGUGAUUCCAAGAGUCCUCAAAUCUGGAGGUGGGGAAAUUUCUCUGCUUAAUUCAACUAAUAUGGGCAAUAGAUUUAUCUCUAAUGAUUCAUAGACAUCUUAGAACAAUUAAGGCAAUAAUCAAGGUGCCCAUAAUAAAUCAGGAGUUAGCUCACAAUUUCAACUUGAAGUUAAGUUUAAUGCAGAUACUCCACAGAAUGGUUAAAAAAUAUUUACCCCAUACUAAGAGUACUAUCAAAACAAUCUAGGUGAAAAUGGUAACCCUGAUAUAUUGCACAGCUUGUACAGUCUUGAGAAUCUUAGAGAUUCCAAUGAAUACAUUCAAAUUAGAAAGAAUUCUUUACCAAGCCAAGUAACUCUAGGAAAUGAUUAAUCGUUGAUUGAAAGUCCUAAUAUGCAUGGUGAUUCAUCUGUGGAUAACACAAACAAAGCCUAGCCUUAAAUAGAUGUAUUCAAGAUGCAUAUCUAUAAAUAAGAAGAGUCAAAUGUUCUAGACACUCUGAGAAUUAGCCAGGACUAUGUUAGCAUGAAAAUGUCUAAUUUUGAAACAUUUAAUAAGAAAAACACAGUUACUAACCCAACUCCAUUGUUCAAUGGACCACCUAGCCAAGAGAUUUAAACUGACUUUAAUAACGAUGAAUUUGCAGAAGUUCAAAUAUAUGCUGUUGACUAGACAUCUUCAGAGCAUUUAAUUUCUAAGAGAGGAGAUUAAUCAGAGGGUAGAUUGACUAACAGUACUAUUUUCAAUAAUCUUGACAAGCAAGGUAAAGAAUUCCUCAAUAUUUUACUUUAUAUAGAUAACUCUUAAAAUAUCACUAGUGAUGACAUCAAGGAGAUCAAUAAGAAUAACUAAUAUGAUUUAGACAUCUCAUUUUUAAAAAAGGUAGAUCACUUAACUAAAGCCAACUUAAAUCUCAGCAAGAGUAAUUAAGGCUCAUUUUUGAGAAACUCUUAUAGCCAUCUAAAUCCAAUGAUAGUUACUGUUGAAAAUAAAAAUAAGGGAAAUAAUGAUCUCAUUAUAUAACCAGAAGAAAUCGUUUAUGAGGAUCAUGCUCCUCCCUUUGAGAAAAUAUCACUCUCUAAACUUCUCAACCAGAGUAAAGAUCUAUUCAAGUAAUAGGUAAAGCUAGAGUAAGAUUAGAAAGUAUUGUAAGAAGCUUAAAGGAUAGCGAUGUAACAGUAAUAAGAGGAAGAUCGAGACAAGAAAGGUAAUAAGGCCGCUAGUAAUAAAAAACUUGAUUCUAUCAAAUUUAAACAUUUCAAACAGCUACUUUUAUCUUAAAUCUACCCUUAAGAAUUUCUAGUAGCAAUACUCUUGAAUGAUUAUGAUAAAUUCAAGAAAUCAUAUAAUGUCUUAAAGAAAAUAAAUGUGAGCAAGGAAGUAAAGAAAAUAAAGUCAUAGAUGAUUUCAAACAAUACUAUUUACAGCAACGCUAAUAAAUCUCCCUCUCCUUUUAGAAACACUUAAUUAUCUCUUUAAAAUUAGAAGAUUGUAGGAAAUGAGACAAGUAAAAAUUUCUUUACUGGCCCAUCGAUUAAUGAUACAUCUGAAAUAUAGUAUAAAAGAGACAUCUAAAAUGCUAAUUGGAAGCAUCAACUAAAGCAUAUCUAUAAAAAUGAAAAUGAAAACUCUAACAAAUCCCAUAAUGUUACUUCCAAAAAGCAUAAGCCACCUCUAUUCUAAAAGUUAAACAACCUUACGACUUAAAACAUUAAGGUUGAUACUAAGAAAAGAAGAGAAUUAAAAAGUCUAUUGCUAAGUUUUAUGGAAGAUCAGAGCAGUAAAGAUACUCAUACCACUGAUAAAAAUUAUCAAAAUUUCAAGUCUAAAAAUCGUAGCUACAGUCCAGACAAAUUUAACAAUAACACAAUCACUCUAGGAGAAGAUAUCUCUAGAAUUUUUGAUAAUAAUCACAGCUAUAGUGGUUUGAUCCGCAUUGAUGAAGAAAAAGAAGGCAAGAGCCAAAGAAAUGACUAUUCAAUCAAUAAUAUAUUAGGAAAGUAUUCAGAUGCCAAUGGGAAUGAUGUCAUCUCAAAGAAAAAGCUUUUGCUUGAAAAUAUCAUCCUCAAUAGAAUGAAUGCUUAACAAUAAUAGAGCAGCGGCAGCUACUAGAAUCUCAAGCCCAAAAUAAAUUAUAAUACCUACACCUAACUUGACAAACUAAAUAGACAGAUCAGAAAGAGCAAAGAGUUACAUUUUUCAGAGAAAAAAAAAUAUAUAGAUGUGAACCUUAAAAUAGGGACACCUUACGUUUUAACUUGA